AUGAUAAAGGGCUUGGAGAGGAAAAAUGAAACUCUGGACCACCUGAUUAGUCUGAGUGGGGCAGUCCAGCUCAGGCACCUCUCCAAUAACCUAGAGACCCUCCUCAAGCGGGACUUCCUCAAACUCCUUCCCCUGGAGCUCAGUUUUUAUUUGUUAAAAUGGCUCGAUCCUCAGACUUUACUCACAUGCUGCCUGGUCUCUAAGCAGUGGAAUAAGGUGAUAAGUGCCUGCACAGAGGUGUGGCAGACUACCUGUAAGAAUCUGGGCUGGCAGAUAGAUGAUUCUGUUCAGGACGCAUUGCACUGGAAGAAGGUUUACUUGAAGGCUAUCUUGAGGAUGAAGCAGCUGGAGGACCACGAAGCCUUUGAGACCUCAUCAUUAAUUGGACACAGUGCCAGAGUGUAUGCACUUUACUACAGAGAUGGACUUCUCUGCACAGGGUCAGAUGACUUGUCUGCAAAGCUGUGGGAUGUAAGCACAGGACAGUGUGUUUACGGCAUCCAGACCCACACUUGUGCAGCUGUGAAGUUCGAUGAACAGAAGCUUGUGACAGGCUCCUUUGACAACACCGUGGCCUGCUGGGAAUGGAGUUCUGGAGCCAGGACACAGCAUUUCCGGGGACACACGGGGGCGGGUGGGUUCUUCUUUUUUGAGGGUCUUUACAAUUACUUUAGCCAUAAGUUUUUUAUUUUUUCUUACUUACUUUAACCUGUGGUUUUCUCUUCUUUACUACUGUAGCUAUUUCCCUACAUUUGGAAUGAUUUACACAUUUUGUUUUUUCUAAGCCUUCAAAACUCUUUUAUGACCCUAUAUACUAGGAAUAGUUGUCCUUCUCUCCCAGAUUGUUUCUAUUUCUGCACAGUCGCUUACAUUUGCUUUCAGUGGAUUCCACCCUGCACACCCAGAUAUUCAGACCACUCUAUUUAUUCAAAGCUGAAAAACCCUUGGGCAGUAGUUCACGGAUUGUAUCUACACAGAAGUACAUCCAGUUAGUACUUGGCCGCUAAGUGAGUAAAACAAGUAACAUCCUGGGACUAACAUGAAAGAAAUUUCUGUUCUGGAUUGUCCUAUCUACACACGUAGUCAU